GCGCCGGGCGGGGGGAGCGGCGGGCAGUGAUGGCGGCGGCGCGGCAGUGGGGCCCGCGGGGCUCGGCCGUGCUGGAGCUGCCCCGCACCCCGCGCUUGGUGUGCGUGGAGUACCCGGGGCUCGUCCGGGACGUCGGGGCCAUGCUGCGGACGCUGGGAGGAGAGCAGGGGGUGUCGCGGAUCUAUGCUGACCCUGCCAAAAGGCUGGAGCUGUAUUUCCGCCCCAAGGACCCCUAUUGCCACCCCGUGUGUGCCAACCGCUUCCCCACCUCCACCAUGCUGCUCAGGGUCAGGAGGAGCACCAAGCAGAAGCAGCAGUUGGAUGCUGAGGACCAAAUCCAGCCAGAAGUCCAGUUUGAGAUGGAGAUUCUUGGGAUUGUCAACACAGUUUACAAAUUUCAAGGAAUGUCUGACUUCCAGUACCUGGCAAUGCACUCCAGCCCUGAUGGCAAACAAACCUCCAUGUAUGACAAAGUCCUGAUGCUCAAACCAGAGAAGGAAGAAUUUUUCAAUAGGGACUUACCUCUUUAUAUCCCACCACCCAUCUUCUCACGUCUGGACACUCCUGUGGACUAUUUUUAUCGCCCAGAUAUACAGCACAGGGAGGGGUACAACAAUCCCCAGGUGUCUGGUGAGAACCUGAUUGGCCUCAGCAGGGCCCGGCGCCCACACAAUGCCAUCUUUGUCAACUUUGAUGAUGAAGAAAUCCCAACUAAACCACUGGAUGCUGCUGUACAGAACUGGAAGAAAGUGUGCACCAAUCCUGUGGAUAAAAAGGUGGAGGAAGAGCUGAGAAAGCUCUUUGAAGUGCGUCCUGUGUGGUCUCGGAAUGCAGUGAAAGCCAAUAUCAGUGUCCAUCCAGACAAGCUGAAGGUGCUGCUGCCAUAUUUGGCCUAUUACAUGUUAACAGGUCCUUGGAGAAGCUUAUGGGUUAGGUUUGGGUAUGACCCCAGAAAACACCCUGAAGCAAAGAUUUAUCAAGUGCUGGACUUCCGAAUUCGCUGUGGAAUGAAAUAUGGUUAUGCUGCUACUGACAUGCCUGUGAAAGCAAAACGCAGCACAUACAACUACAGCCUGCCCAUCACUGUCAAGAAACAAGGAAGUCACACAGUCAGUGUUCAUGACUUGAAACAGGGGCUGGGUUCAGCUGGUACAUCUGGGGCAAAAAAGCCCCCCUCCAGCAGGUAUAAGCUGAAGGAAUCCAUCUACAUUUUCCGAGAAGGAGCUUUACCCCCUUACCGACAGAUGUUCUACCAGCUCUGUGACUUAAAUGUGGAAAGCCUGCAGAAGAUCAUCCAUCGGAAUGACGGCGCAGAGUCGGAAUGCACAGAGCGGGAUGGGUGGUGCCUUGCCAAGACAAGUGAUGACCUGAGGGACAGCAUGUCCCUGAUGAUAAAGCAGAUCAUCAGAUCUACCAGACCUGCUCUUUUCUCAAAUACAACAAGCAGUGAAGACGGCAAAGAACAGCUGGCAUAUGAGUCUGGAGAGGAUGAGGAUGAUGAAGAGGAGGAGGAAGAAGACUUCAAGCCUUCUGAUGGGAGUGAAAAUGAAAUGGAGACAGAAAUGCUGGAUUAUAUGUGAACUCAGUGAGCAGUGUGGCUGCUGUGGACAGGUCUCUGCUCUUGCUCCUUGAGAGAGCCAAGGGUUCAGGAUCUGCGAAAGCAGAGCUUGUUCUAAGCUGAUGAUGUUCUUUCUUCACUGACUGCUGGUGGGCAGCAUUCUGGAUGUUUGGGAGCCACUGCCUGCAUUGUCACAAUUGCUGGCUGAGACUCUCCAGCAAGCUCAAGAAACUCUCAGGAGUGAGCCCAGCUGGUAACACACCAGAAUGUGGGAGAAGCUGCAUUCCCAAAUCUCUCCAUGUGUGGGAGGACUGCACUCUCUCCAGGUUGGUGGCCAUGUGGAAAAUAGGUGCCUGAGGAUGUGCUGGGAGAAGCAGCAGUCCAGUGCUCCGGGAGUCCCUAAGGCAGGUUCUGCCCUUCUGCUUGUCCAGAGGGAAUGAAAAUACUGUGCCAUGCCUUCAGCACUGAGCCUCGCUGGUCAUCUUGGAAAUAAAGCCCACAGGAAAAUACACUUUCUGUCAGGGAGUAGUUCCCUUCCUGGAAAUGUAGUGUUUGUUGUCCUCAUUAGCUGGUGCACUUCUCAGGUCUGUUUUGACUUCCCCAGCUAGCAGUUAGCAAGGACUGAAGGCAGCUGGCAGAGCUUCAGGUGCAUAAAGGUUGGCCACUGCCAGCUGCAUUGUUCCCACCAAAAGAAAGUCCCCAAAAUUAAAGAGCUACUGGCAGUUUCUGGA